CUAUUAUGCAGUAGAGUGACAGAGCAAAUUCCUCAAGUUAUAGAGGAAAAAUAUAUCGGUAAGUAAUGAAGACGAUGAUAGAUUAUGUUGCUGUAGAAACAGUAAUAAAGACAAUCUAAUAUUAAGAAGUGACAAAUAAUGUGUAAUUCAGAUAUAGACAACACAAUAAUAUUAAGGCUUAUAAAUCUUAUUAAUAUAAUUAGUGCAGCAUAAAUUUAACAUGUAGCCACAAAAACAGACAAGCAUAUUCCCAGCUAGUUCGCCAUAACAGUUUGAAUUACAACAUCCAAAUAUUUUCAAUUAAUAAUUUACAAAAUACCAGCAACAACAUCAACAGCUAUUUAUAGUUAAUUGCCUGCAACACCAAUAACUACUGA